AUGCCUGUACCAUUCCUCUUUGCUGCUAUUCUUCUUCCGCCUCACCCUAACUGUAAUCUGAAUCUUACAACUUUUUCUUCAUUUUUCUCCCUUUCUUUUUAUCUACCUUUCAAUGGCAUUCUGCAUUGCUUUCCUUAUUUUUCAACCUUAUCUUCCGGAGAACUUCUUUCUUUCUUUCUUUCUUUCUUUCUUUCUUUAUUUAUUUAUUUCUAUCUUUCUUUCUUUCUUUCUUUCUUUCUUUCUUUCUUUCUUUCAAUGCUUCCGGACAACUUCUUUCUUUCUUUCUUUCUUUCUUUCUUUCUUUCUUUCUUUCUUUCUUUAUUUAUUUAUUUCUUUCUUUCUUUCUUUCUUUCUUUCAAUGCUUCCAGACAACUUUUUCUUUUUUUUCUUUCUUUCUUUCUUUCUUUCUUUCUUUCUUUCUUUCUUUCUUUCUUUCUUUCUUUCUUUCUUUCAAUGGAAAUCUGCAUUCUUUUCAUUAUUUUUCAACCUUAUCUUCCGGUAACUUUCCUUUCUUCCUUCCUUCUUUCCUUCCUUCCUUCCUUCCUUCCAAUGGUAUUCUGCAUUGUUUUCCUUAUUUUUCAACCUUAUCCUCCGGACAACUUUUUCUUUCUUUCUUUCUUUCUUUCUUUCUUUCUUUCUUUCUUUCUUUCUUUCUUUCUUUCAACCUUUCCUUCUUUCUUUCAUUAUCCAUUCAUCCAGUCUUUCUUUCUUUCCUUCUUUCUUUCUUUUAUCCCUUCAUCCAGUCUUUCUUUCUUUCCUUCAUUCUUUCUUUUAUCCAUUCAUCCAGUCUUUCUUUCUUUCCUUCUUUCUUUCUUUCUUUCUUUCUUUCUUUUAUCCAUUCAUCCAGUCUUUCUUUCUUUCCUUCUUUUUUUUUCUUUUAUCCUUCAUCCAGUCUUUUUCUUUUUCUUUCCUUCUUUCUUUCUUUUAUCCCUUCAUCCAGUCUUUCUUUCUUUCCUUCUUUCUUUCUUUUAUCCAUUCAUCCAGUCUUUUUCUUUCUUUCUUUCUUUCUUUCUUUCUUUCUUUCUUUCUUUUAUCCCUUCAUCCAGUCUUUCUUUCUUUCCUUCUUUCUUUCUUUUAUCCAUUCAUCCAGUCUUUCUUUCUUUCUUUCUUUCUUUCUUUCUUUCUUUUAUCCCUUUAUCCAGUCUUUCUUUCUUUCAUUCUUUCUUUCUUUUAUCCAUUCAUCCAGUCUUUCUUUCUUUCUUUCUUUCUUUCUUUCUUUCUUUCUUUCUUUCUUUCUUUUAUCCAUUCAUCCAGUCUUUCUUUCUUUCUUUCUUUCUUUUAUCCAUUCAUCCAGUCUUUCUUUCUUUCCUUCUUUCUUUCUUUUAUCCAUUCAUCCAGUCUUUCUUUCUUUCUUUUUUUUCUCUCCAUUUCUUUUCUUUCUUUCUUUUCUUAUCCCUUCAUCCAGUCUUUCUUUCUUUCAUUCUUUCUUUCUUUUAUCCCUUCAUCCAGUCUUUCUUUCUUUCUUUCUUUCUUUCUUUCUUUCUUUCUUUUUUUUAUCCAUUCAUCCAGUCUUUCUUUCUUUUAUCCAUUCAUCCAGUCUUUCUUUCUUUCCUUUCUUUCUUUCUUUUAUCCAUUCAUCCAGUCUUUCUUUCUUUCUUUUUCAUUUCUUUUUCUUUUUUUAUCCCUUCAUCCAGUCUUUUCUUUUUUUUUCUUUCUUUUCAUUUCUUUUCUUUCUUUCUUUCUUUUAUCCAUUCAUCCAGUCUUUCUUUCUUUCUUUCUUUCUUUCUUUCUUUCUUUCUUUCUUUUAUCCAUUCAUCCAGUCUUUCUUUCUUUCCUUCUUUCUUUCUUUUAUCCAUUCAUCCAGUCUUUCUUUCUUUCUCUUUCUUUCUUUCUUUCUUUUAUCCCUUCAUCCAGUCUUUCUUUCUUUCAUUCUUUCUUUCUUUUAUCCAUUCAUCCAGUCUUUCUUUCUUUCUUUCUUUCUUUCUUUCUUUUAUCCAUUCAUCCAGUCUUUCUUUCUUUCUUUCUUUCUUUCUUUCUUUCUUUCUUUCUUUCUUUAUCCAUUCAUCCAGUCUUUUUCUUUCUUUCUUUCUUUUAUCCAUUCAUCCAGUCUUUCUUUCUUUCCUUCUUUCUUUCUUUUAUCCAUUCAUCCAGUCUUUCUUUCUUUCAUUCUUUCUUUCUUUUAUCCCUUCAUCCAGUCUUUCUUUCUUUCUUUCUUUUAUCCAUUCAUCCAGUCUUUCUUUCUUUCUUUCUUUCUUUCUUUUAUCCCUUCAUCCAGUCUUUCUUUCUUUCAUUCUUUCUUUCUUUUAUCCAUUCAUCCAGUCUUUCUUUCUUUCCUUCUUUCUUUCUUUUAUCCCUUCAUCCAGUCUUUCUUUCUUUCAUUCUUUCUUUCUUUUAUCCAUUCAUCCAGUCUUUCUUUCUUUUUUUCUUUCUUUCUUUCUUUCUUUCUUUCUUUUAUCCAUUCAUCCAGUCUUUCUUUCUUUUUUCUUUCUUUCUUUCUUUCUUUCUUUCUUUCUUUCUUUUAUCCCUUCAUCCGGUCUUUCUUUCUUUCUUUCAUCCAGUCUGUCUUUCUUUCUUAAAGGCUUUUUUAAUUUUUUCAUUCUUUUCUCUUUUCAUGUCCUUUUUUCUUUUCAUUUUCUUCAUUCCUCUUUCCUUUUAUUUCUACCUCCUUUCAUAAUUUUCUUUUAA